AUGCUCGGAUCGUGUAUCUUGGUUACUCCAGUGCUAGAUGAGGGUCGGACAUUCGUUGAGGGUUACGUUCCAUCAGGAGAAUGGAUUGAACUAUCCACUGGCAAACGGUAUUUCAGUCGAGGUACAUGGAAAUAUUUCGAUGCUCCUCUGAAUGUCAUUCCGAUUUCUAUUCGUUGUGGGUGUAUAGUUCCAAUACAGGUUUCUGCUGAAACAACAGAUAUCGCUCGUAAGAAGGGAUUUGGUUUAUUUGUGAUCUUGUCUUCAACUGAUGAUGAAAGUAGUGCUGCUGGACAGAGAAUCAAAGCAUCGGGUGAAUUAUUCUGGGAUAAUGGAGAUGAUGCUAAUUUAAAUUAUGUACAUGUGAAAUUUGAAGUACGUGAUCGUACUUUAACAGUGACUUCUACACCGUCGAGUGUUGAAAGCUUAGAGAAAAUUGAUUUGAAAGAACUAGAUGUUAAGAUUAUUCUUAUAGUAGGUUUCAUUAAAAAGCCUGCAGCAAUUCUUGUAAACAACAAACCGGUAGAUUUUAUGUUUGAUAAUGAUUUGGAAACUUGUCAAAUUAAAAAUCAAUCCUUUUUAACUUUAAGUAAGGAAUUUAUGAUCAAAUGGAGAUUUUGAUUAUCUUUCAAACUUCCUUUUCUACAUUGCUCUUCAUCAUUCCGAUUAUUUUAAAUGGGAUAUAUUAUUUAGCUACCAGGAGUUAUACAGAUAAUUGUGCACC